CAGGGGUUUAAUCUGUGAAGAUUUGACUUUCACUACGCCCACAUCGCUUGCGCCUUGCCUUUGGCUCGAGCUGGUUAACCCGCCCCUGGCGCCGUGCUUGGCAACCCCGAGCGACCGGCCGGUCCUCAGCUUCCGAAACGGGGCCAUUCACGUCCCCACCACAGCGUGCCAAUGACGGCCUUGGAAAAGACCGCAGCGCUCCUGAGCGUGGUGGAGCAGGGCAGAGACGCCUUCCUGAACCAGCUGAGCAGCCGUCGCCGCGCCGGCGACUCUGACUCGCGUCUGCGCAACCGCGAGGAGCCCCGGGGCAAAGUCUCCGACUACGGCACCGAGAGGUUCUUGUGGAACAAUCGGGAGUGCUACGGCACCAAGUUCCACGUGGAGGUUUUGUGCGACAAUCAGGAGGAGGUUUUGAGCCAACUGGCGCAAGACGCUUCGCGACUGCACGAGCAAUUUGGCUACAUCACCAAGUUCAAUUCCAAGGACCAGAUCUGCACGGGGCAGGCGGUGCACCUGGCCGCCAGCCGCGGGCACCUCAUCUUGGUGGAGCUGUUGCUCGAGAAGCGUGCCAGCGUGAACAGCAUGGUGCGCAGAGAUGGGUAUGAGCACUACGACGUCUUCCACGCUGCAGUCUUUAAGGAGGGCCGCGGCGGCGAUUCCGGGAUGAUCCGAUUCCUCUGCGCCAUGAAUGCUGACCCCAACGGCACCAACUUGAAUGGCCUCACGAGCCUACACGUCGCCUUUCAGACGGGGAACGAGGACACCAUUCGAGCUGUCCAGGUGGAGGCGAAGAGAUUGGCGCCUCAGGCAGAGGAGAGUGACACCGACGUGGAAAAGGAGGUGGAUUUCGAUGACCACAAGCGCGAGGAAACGCCCUUGGAGGUUGGCAUCAGGUGGGGCAAGAUGAACAAGGAGUCUUUGUCCCGUGCGGCGCCUCUCCACAUUGGCAGCCUCAAGGUCUUCAUCCACCGCGCGCCGGAAGUCAUCCCCAUCUUCCUGAACCGCCUGCGCAACCGUGCCAAGACCGACGAGAACUUGUCCAUGCAGCUCUCCCGAAAGCUGAAAAGCAAGGACAUCGCUCGCCUGCUGCGAGACUUCCCAGAGGCCGCGGCCGCGCUGCUGGAGGGCGUCACGGACCGGCCCAAAGUCACCUCCGAGGGAUGGCAUCCCUUGCCCUCCCGCGUGAGUUUUGCGCAGCGCACCUGGUUCAGGAGACUGCUGCGGCCGCUGAUCGUCAACCGCCACUACCUUGUCUUCUACAAGCCUGAGAUGGAGUGGGGCUACGACGACGCGAAGUAUGAGCCUCCGGCAUGGCACCAGCAGCUGGAAGCCUGGAAGGAUCCACCGACCUUCGACGCACACAUCCAGGUUUGCUGCAUCCCCAACCUGAUCUCCCCCGCCUUCUUCUCCGCCCUCCUGGAGCCCUCCGUCUCCGGGGAGCCCACGCUCUUCCUCUACGAGAACAGCGCCAUCCGCGCCGCAGUGUCCUUUACCUUCUGGAACGGCGCGGUCUGGGCAGAGCUCGUGCACUUCCUGAUGUCUUUGUGGGGCCUCACCUUGCUGGUGGUGGAGUCCUGGAUGGCCCACGAGGCGGCGGUGGAGUCCGAGCUGGAGAAGCAGCGGCUCUGGAGCGUCUUCGAGCCCAGCUUCGUGGGCAGCAGCGUGCCGCGGGGCGUGGUGGCGGAUUGGAUCAUCGCCAAAGGCCUGGUGGAUGUUUGCAUGGAGCUGGCGCAGUUCACGGGCUGCUUGAUGAUCCGGGAGCCUUCGGCCUACUUCACAGCAGGCAACCUCAUCGACAUCGUGCGGGGAGGGCUGCCCAUUCUGCUACUCUGGUUCUAUGAGGUCCGUGUGAUCCACCUACUCAUCGUGCUGAUCUAUUGGAUGCGUUUGCUCGAGGGCGUCACCCACUGCGAGACCAUCGGCCACGCGCUGCUGCCGCUCGCGCAGCUGGCCAGCGGCCUCAUGCCCGCGAUGAGUUUCACCCUGGUGGGUUUCUGCGCGCUCACCCACGCCUCCUACGCCGUGCAAGUGCAUCCGGACCACAUGUGGCCGGACACCCUCUUCCAGUCCUUCACACUGCUGAUUACCCAGGGUUUGCCGGAGCACCCGCCCAGCGACAGCCUGGAGCUGCUGGUGCUCUACGUAGGCGUGCUCUUCUUCUCCAUCUUCGUGCUGAAUAUCUUCAUCGGGGUCAUCAGCGAGCAGUACUCCAACGAGAAGGCGAAGGUGAACCUCAUGUUCCAGAGCGUUCGAGCCUCGUGCUGCUUGACCUUCCUGCUGCGUUUGUGUUGCCUGCCCUUCCAGCUGGUGACCAAAGAGACCGCCUCCGCGACCGCGGCGCUUUGCGUGAUUGCCACUCUGGGCCUGCAGGUGGAAUCCCUUUGCUUCAGCAGGCAGCUGCCCGGCUUCGCGCAGCUGGGCGCCUUUGUGACCUGUCAGCUGGUAGCGUACCUGGCGGCGAUCCAGUGCAAGGGCGACGACGUGCCCUGGACUCACCAGGCUCUGAAGCCGCGCUUCGAGAGGCAGGAUCUCACGCGUUCGGACACGUCCUACACUCCGAUGGCGAGUACGGCAGUGGGCGGCAAGGCGGACAAGCGAUACUUAUGGAUCUGCGAGCCAAGGGAGUCAGAUCUCCACCACGGCCCACAUACGCGGGCCGUGAGCAGCGCCUUCAGUCUGCUGGCCGAGAGUUCCAGUUCCGACGAGCAGCUGAAGAUGGUUCGGCAAGCCCUGCGGGAGGAGCUCAGGGAUCGCAGCCGCCAUCCCACGUUGCUGUCGUCAACGGUGCAGGCUGCUCGGUCCACCUCCUCCUGCAAGGCCGCAUAAUCGAGACUGCUGGAGCCAGCUGCAGGGAAGAGGCUGGUGGUCUGACCAUAGCCUGACCGAAUCGCCGUCAACCUGAGGCCGGCGCAUGUUUGCAAAAAUCCGCCAACUUCGGCCAGUAGAAAGUGGCAUGCGUGCAGAAAGUGGGCAAUUGGGCAGACGAGUGUAACCCUGGUUGCGGAAAAAUGGGCUCGUUGCC